CUUCUCGCGCAAUCGUUUACUUUAGGUGUUCUUAGGCAUGUAAACAACUUCACAUUGUGAAACCGUUACGUGUUAAAUAUCCAUCAUGUCGCGGUCGUCUGGAACCUUAAUUACAACAAACAAUGCCACCUUUAUACCCCCAAGAUUUAUGCCCGGGUACAGAGGACAUUGUCCCACAACUAAAUAUGAUUAUGGUGAGACAUAUGGAAAUGCUACACAGAAGUACUUCCAGGACUAUCGCUCAGAAGUCCUCUCUUCCUCAGCUGAUCCAUACUGUAAGGGAGGGGAAUUCCCCACCUACUACACCCACAAACCAGAAACUGUGAUUAGCAACAGGACAAGGAACAGGGACAGAUGGCUGCAUACACCAAAGUAUUCUCUAACAAACAUCGACUUUGAUAGGAAAGAAGAACUGAAGUCUUUUGAUAAGCUUGCCCAGAAGCAUAGAGAAUUUUAUGUAGAUAAAUCUGGAACCUUAAAGAAAGUUAAUCAUUUCAUGAUCCCAACAAAAGCUGAGGAUCAAAUUAAGCGCAAUGUGCCAUUCAUGAUCCUGUCCACCCGUCACACGGAUGACAUCAACCUACCCUACCUGGACCACGUGGCGCGCCGCCCCCCACUUAUACGUCACUUCACCACGCUCUCCUCACAGCGAGACCGGGAGAUGCGUGACGUCUAUUUUGAGAAGCGGUGAGCGUCGCACCAAGAAUUUCUGUGGCCUUUCGACGGUUUCGGUCCUUUCGUAUGUGAUAUAUUUUAACGCUCAAGAAGAACUGAAUUUUUUUAUUUAUUUAUUGCACCACAAGGGCUUUUUUGUGUAUCAUUUUGUAAUAUUUUUUUUCAUAUAACGAAGGUUAGGGAUUAUAUGCCAUUUUAUUGGGAUUCCUCUGCUUUAGAACAUUUAACAAUACAAACUGUUAUAGAAAUCUUUUUGGUAAACCUGUAGAGCACCCUGUUGUCCGGUUUUGUUGAAAAACUAUUUAAUAUUUGUUCAUUAAAUGUAUAUUUGUUGAAGAUUAAAGUAUAUAAAAUAAA